AUGAGCGGCACAACUGGAGGAGUCGUGACAAUGACUGCAAACCAUCUGGAUGGAGCACCUGUACCACCCCCUCUCAUCACCCAGAAGCUUUUCAUCGAGCUUCACCCUACCGUCAUCGAGAAAGACAACUCUAUCCAUUCAGAGCAUGGUGUGGUCCACUACCCCUUCUGGUUUGGAGGGCUGGCAAGCUGUGUCUCGAGUUGUUGCACUCAGCCUUUGGGAGUUGCUGGUGUAAGCUUAUGCCAUAGUAUACAAACUUCGUACGACACUCUGACACUCUGUAGCUCCGUCUACAAACACUCCAUCAUGACGCUCCACAGCUGGUUGAGCGCUUCGCUCACACGAACCUUCUUCUACUCCGGUGUUCGUUUUGGAAUGUACGAGAAGCUGAAGGAGAUGGGCAGCACGUCGACACAUGCGCCCUCAGGUCUCGCGCUUGCUCUCAUGGCUGCAUCUUCAGGCUUCACCGGCAGUGUGUGCAGCAACUUCGCCGAUGUCAUCUGUCUUCGCAUGCAGGCCGAUCCUGGUCUACCCCCUGAGUUGCGUCGCAACUACCAGAAUAUCGCCGACGGUCUGCACAAGAUGGUUCGUGCUGAAGGAUGGAACAGCAUCUGGACUGGCGUCUGGCUCGGAGCGGGCAGAGCAGCCAUUGGCACUGCCACACAAUUAGCCGGAUACGAUAUUGUCAAGCGUGAGAUGAUGAAACGAACCUCGAUGGGCGACAACAUUCCGACCCACAUCACAGCCAGUUGCCUUGCAGGCUUCUUGUCCACCUUCAUCUGCAGCCCUCUAGAUGUCUUCAAGGCUCGUUUCAUGACUCGCAAGUCCUCUGCUCACAGUAUGUCGGUCAUGCUAGAGCGCACUUUGAGGAACGAAGGUGUAGCUUGGAUGUUCAAAGGCUUGACACCCGCUCUGAUUAGCAGAGCACCCUCCACUAUCAUCACCUUUGUUACUCUUGAGCAGCUGAGGAAGGUCUAUCGUCACAUGCACGGUCUGCAGGAGUAG